UGGUACUGCCUUCCUCUACGUCAUCAGCCGGCGCCGGAAGUGACUCCUGGUGCCUUGGAGACGGAAUGCAGCAGGGGUAGUGGCGGCGGAGUGGGUGACAGGUGACAGGUGGGAGGUGGGGUGGCUGUGGGAGAGACCCUUAAGCCCGUCCUCCGUCCUCACUCCCAUCCCCCGGGCUCCUCUCGCCCCAGACCCAGGACUCCCAUAGUGCCGCGCGGCGAGGUGGGAAGAGCGCUGGAUUGGAAUGAGUACUGCCUCUGCCGUUUACUGCUCGUGUGACACUGGGCGAAUCACUUCACUGAUUUGAGGCACCGUGUCUUCCUGCGUAAAGUGAGGGGGUUGGAUUGAGCGGCCCGAGGGGGCCCUUCCAGCCUCAUCCUGUGAUCGUAUGCUCUCAGGGUGCUGUUCCCCUCACCUCCGCCCCCCAAGGGUGUCUCGCUGGCAUGGAGCCGCCCCCCGACGACUCCCAGGACUGGGAUGAAGACUCGGAUCCCGAGAUGGACCCCGACGCCCAAGCCCAGGAGUACAUCGACCGAGUUUUGGGCUCGCCUGGCCCAGCUCUGGCCCGCGCGGUCCUGGCCCCACCGCCCGUGGUUAGUCCCCGGCCACCCCCUGCUGAGCUGUGGCGCGAGUCCAGGCUUUCCCCCGGCGGGGAGACCGGCCCGGCCGCGUCGGGGCUGCUGGGCCUGCCGCUGGAGCUGAUCCUGGAGAUCUGUUCCUACCUCGAGGCAAGGCUGGUGCUGGAGGUCCUGCCCUUGGUGUGCAGGUCCCUCCGAGAUAUUGUCCAGGACCAGGUCAUGUGGAAGAUCCGCGUGCAGAAGCUCCUGGGUGGGCCCUACCCUGUGGUGGAAGAGGAGGACUUUGACUGGCCAGCUGCCUGCAUCGAAUUAGAGGAGCACUUGGCCGGUUGGGCAGAUGAUGGGCGUCGGGCGGAAUACUUCUGCUUAUCUGAUGGCCACUUCGCCUCCAUUGACUCUGUGCUCCUGCUGCAGGGUGGAGCACUCUGUGUCUCUGGCUCCCGGGACAGAAAUGUCAACCUAUGGGACUUAAGACAGCUUGGAGUAGAGCCAGGCAAGGUUCUGGUCAAGGCCUUGGGUACCCAGCGGAGUGGGACCCACAAGGGCUGGGUCUGGUCCUUGGCUGCCCAGGAUAACCGUGUAUGCUCGGGCUCCUGGGAUAGCACGGUGAAACUCUGGGACAUGGAGGCUGAUGGGCAGCAGUUUGGGGAGAUCAGGGGCAAGGCUGCAGUACUCUGUCUCUCCUACCGUCCUGACAUCCUGGUCACUGGCACCUAUGAUAAGAAAGUGACUGUUUACGACCCCCGAGCGGGCCAGGCCCUGGUGAAGAGCCGAAGGCUGCAUUCCAGUGCUGUGCUGGCCUUGCUGGCUGAUGACCAGUACAUCAUCUCAGGAAGUGAGGACCGAACACUGGUGGUGUUUGAGCGUCGGACCAACAGCGUCCUACAGCGGCUGCAGCUGGAGUCCUACCUUCUGUGCAUGUCCUAUCGGCAGCCGCAGCUCUGGGCUGGGGACAACCAAGGCCUGCUCUAUGUAUUUGAGAACCAUGGAGGCCAGUUCAAGCAUAUUAGGUCCUUUGAUGUGGGACAUAGGUCACAAAUCACUGGCAUUGAACAUUCCUUGGGGUCACUUUACACCACAUCCACAGACAAGACCAUUCGGGUACAUGUGCCCACUGACCCACCACGGACCAUCUGUACCCGAAGCCAUCACAAUGUUCUUAAUGGGGUCUGUGCUGAUGGUAAUGUGGUAGUAGCUGCAUCUGGGGGCCUGUCUCUGGAAGUGUGGAGACUGAAGCCCUGAAGAGGGGAUGCGGCUCAGAGGACUGGGUCUGGUUGAGGCAUCUUGGGACCUAUGCUGCUGCUCAUGCUUCCCCCUCCAUGGCCCCAAACUCUGUUGUUGGGGCCCAUCCCAACUCUCUGGGUCUCGGACCUGGCUCUGUGGUGCUACCAGAAGCUCUGGCCAUUUUCUCUAGGGGCUGGAACUCUAUUGCUCCCACCGUGCAAGCCCAUAGCUCCUAGUGAGGGAUAAACCCCAUCCUCCAGGACAGGAGAAGUAUUGAGGGUCCCUCCGGUAUCGUCCAGACCCGAUCCCUCUCCCCCCACCUCCCUGUUAUUUAUUAUUGAAAUACCCUUUCCCUCACCAUUGAGAGCUAAGAAGCUCAGGAAUAAACCUGUUGGAUCAUCCCA